CAGACCUCAGAAGUGAAUCAUGAUCCCAUAAGAGUCUCCCUAUCUUCUGUACACAGCUUAGAACUAAGAAUAUCAUUGACCCACACAAUCCUAGUUUUCAGCUGUUCGACUUUCCUUGUAAGAUCACUCAUGGAACCUUUACGGGAUCUCUUCUGGCUGUGGGUGGUUCUUGGAAUGAUUUUUGUUUCCAUGGUAAUAGGUCUCAUCUUCAUUCUUAUCAACCAGUGUAUUUCCAAGAAAGCUGCUGAACAAUACAAUACAAAUACACCAAGUCGCACUACGCCUCAGUAUUAUGCCCAAAGCAGCAAAUAUCAUCUCAAAGAUCUGGAGGAUGAUUUGCCUCCUUUACCACCCAGGACUCAGUUUCUCACAUCCUGUCCCAAGACUGAAAGCUAUGAGAACCUUGUAGGGCUACCUGACUAUGUGAAAGUAGAUGACAAUGCCCCUCCUCCACCGUACCAUCACACAGAGACACUGGUGUGUAAGGACAAUGACGGCAUUCCAGAGGACUACGAUGACAUCGGAGCAGACUGUCAGAUCGAGGAGGACUAUGAUGAUCUGGGAUAAAGCCAGAGGCAAUGGAGACUAUACUGAAGACACUGUUGUGGUACAUAUGUAAUGUAUACUCCUACUAGCCAAAAAUAGAUGUUCUGCAGAAAUACGACUAUCCCUUGGCUGAUACGGCUUCAUGUUUAAAUUAUUAUAUUAUUAUUUAUUUGGCAAUGCUUUACCAGUUUGCAUAAGACUAAAGUAUAGCUUUCUGGUAUUUACCAAAAAGCUCUCUUGUAACAAUGGACAAUUUCUUUCAAGAAUAACACAAUUUGUGUUUCAGGGUAUACCAUGUAACUGAAACUAUUAGGCUGUAGUUAGCAGAAAAAAAAUAAAGCUGUGUAGUUUCAAUUGAAUAUAAUAUAAUGGUGCACAGAAAAUUAACAAUCUUAGUGAUUACCUAGUACCAUAUGAUUGUCAAUGGUGCUGGUUUUGCUAACUUUUUAAAUCCCAUAGACCAAACCAGUUGUAUCAGGAAUCAACACAAGUGAAGUGGUAUAUUUAAUCAUUUUACUCAGUCUUUACAUCUAAGUAGUAACCUCCGAGGCUUGAGUUUACAAACCAGCAUAGUUGUUAAAACCCUGUAGUUCUAGGAAUCAUCGAUGUUAGAUUGUGUUUACAACUGUGUACUUAUGCUCUUAGCUCACUAUGGAUCAUGAAGCUGCAGACCUUGCCAUGUUUUAUGAAACCAAUAACUGUAAAAGGUUUCAAACAGAUCAGAUAGUGUAAGAAUAGAAAUGGGAGAACGGUGACUUUCCUUGUCCACCAGUGACUUAAUUUAAGUUAAAAGAUUAGAUCCUCUGGUUAUUGACAAUGAAACAAACAAUAAGCAUUUCAAAAUCUGUAUUGAUUAAAAUACAAAUGUAAAUCUAUAAGCCCUGCCAUAAAGGUAAAGAACUGCAAAAAAGUGAAGCGUAUACUAUUUACUGUAUGUAACCGAAACUUUAAAAAAAAGAGAAGCCGUUUAGUUUCAAUUUGAAUACUGAAGGGUUUGUUGCAGGAGUUUCAAAAUGUCUAGUCUCUUGUCGAGCCUAGAAGCCUGGCAUGCAACACAAUGGUCGGUCAAAUUGACUCCCCCUUCCUUCCACACUGCAAUGAGGGCAGUACUAUAGAGUAACGUAUGCUUAUUUGAUUUGUCCACAGUACAUGUUUUCUACAGUUGCAAUAAACAAUGUAAGUUACGUAAGCGUUCUCACAUUGUUGAUCCUAGUGCAUCCAAGCACUCUUUUGGUACUGGAAUCAAAUGACUGAAUACAUUUCUAAUUUCAUUAUGGAACUCCUUACAGAAAAACUUGCUUCAACUGAUGCAACACUGCAGAAAAUUUACAAAGAAAAUAUCUCCAGCAUUAUCUACAUAUGCCACACGUUUAUUCUUUUUAAAAAGUAAAAGAAAACACUCAAUCUGAAUUCAUUCAGAUUUUUUUUCCACUGUUUCCCAUCAUUUGACAAUAUUGUUGAGCCUCAUUUUUCCCCCACAGAGAUAAAGCCAAAUCUCAACACAACCAAAGGUUAACCAUCAAAAGUCACUUCCUGUUAUGUCCACUCAUGUGGUCUUAAAGUGACAGUCUGGCUUAUUGAACAGUUUGAGGGAGAUGUAAGUCACACAACAAUCUCCGAAAAGCUCUGGUUGGAGAUUGGCGUUUUCCAUCCAGAACUAGAGAAACAAGUCGGAAAAAAAGACCAAGUUUGUCCCUCGGUCUCUCACUGAGGAAAAGUCCAUUAUAAAGUGAUCCUGUGGUGGGGGGCUAGAUUAACCCCCGAGGCGCUGUCCCUCUCCCCAGGCGAACCCCCCCGGACGCUCUUCGGGAAGAGGGUUGUAGUUGGCAUCCUCCUCUGGAGUGUCAAACAGCAUCUUA